AUGGCCUCUAUGUUUCGACCUCCAGAAUCUGCCAGGGGUAGCUCAAAGUCUCCAAAGCUGACGCUACCUUCUGCACUCAAACAAUCGUCUAACGAGGCUCCAUCUUUACCAUCGGGACACACCUCGAGCAUGGCAACUCCAAUUUCAUCAUCUUCGUCGCAAACAUUGACGUUUCCGAGACCCAUGAAAUCCUCUUCGUCAUCUUCGUCAAUCAACACCUUGAAGAAACGACCCGUACCACCGCCAAUGCCACCACUGGCGAUUCCAAGUAGCGCAGGCGCAGGAACUCCGGACAAUUCUCUUUUAACAGAUUCACUGGAAAAGCUCAAACUUGACGAACCACAAAUCUGCCAUGGCAGGACUGGUUCCCGAGACACCUCGAGCGAAGAAACAAGUGAAAGUGGGAUAUCUCCAGCCCCAACUCCACCUUCGGCUUACGCUAUAGCUGAUGUAGACGAACUGGACGAAGAAACGUGGCAAUCCGGUAUUGUCAAGGGUCACAUAGUUACCAUGGGCGUCCUGGGAGAAGGUGCUGGUGGCUCCGUGGCAAAAUGCAGGCUCAAGUACGGAACCAAAAUCUUUGCAUUGAAGACAAUCACUACUGUGAAUUCGGACCCGGAAACCCAGAAGCAAGUCUUUCGAGAGUUGCAGUUCAACAGAAGCUGCAGCUCAGAAUAUAUUGUGCGCUACUUUGGGAUGUUUACGGACAACACUAAUUCAUCAAUUUACAUCGCAAUGGAGUACAUGGGGGGUAGGUCGUUGGAAGCCAUAUACAAACACCUUUUGAGCAGAGGUGGAAGGAUAGGAGAAAGAGUGCUAGGAAAAAUAGCAGAAAGCGUUUUGAAAGGCCUUUCAUAUUUGCAAGAGCGCAAGAUAAUUCAUCGGGACAUAAAGCCCCAAAACAUUCUACUGAAUCAGAUGGGACAAGUCAAGCUUUGCGAUUUUGGUGUUAGUGGAGAAGCUGUUAACUCAUUGGCUACCACAUUCACUGGAACUUCUUUUUACAUGGCACCGGAACGAAUUCAGGGACAGCCUUACAGCGUGACGAGCGACGUAUGGUCCCUAGGGUUAACGCUACUUGAGGUUGCUCAAGCACAAUUCCCGUUCGGUUCGGACAAGGUGGCCGCAAACAUGCCCCCAAUCGAGUUGUUAAUGCUAAUUUUGACUUUUACACCGGAGCUCAGAGAUGCGCCCGAAUUGAGCAUCGUUUGGAGUAAAUCCUUCAAGUCUUUUAUCCAAUAUUGUCUCAGUAAGGAACCUCGGGACAGGCCCUCCCCACGCCAAAUGCUUCAGCACCCAUGGGUUCUGGGACAGAUGAAAAAGUCUUGCAACAUGCAAAAAUUCAUUCUCAAGUGCUGGCAAGAGUAG